UCGGCCUCGCGCCCGGGGGGUGAGGGCUGCGGGCGGUCGCGGCCUCCCUCAGGAAGGAGGGUGACACUCCGGGCUGCCAGGGCCCUGGCGGGGGUGCUGAGGCGACGGGGGAAAGCAGGAGGGGGGUGCCGGGAGAAGAGCGGGGCCGAGUCGGCGGCGAGUCCCUCGGGCUCCCCGGCUCUCAUUGAUCACUCGGCUUGAUCAGAAAUUGAUCCUCUUUGUUCAAUUCAUCGAUCAGCCCAAGAUGGCGCCGGAGCCGCCAGCCGCCACCAACAUCUUUGCCCCCCGGUGUCUGCCCCCUUCAACCCCGGAGGGUGUCUUCCUCCCCACCAUCAUCGCCAUCAUCAUCCUCAUCGUCCUCUCCGCCGCCGCCGCCUACCCCGCGCGCUGUCGUUGUCGCGGGACCCUGGUGGAGAGGAGGGGGGAGCGGCGGUCCCCCCCCCCCACGGGGGCUCAGUGGGAACUCGCGCGCGCUAAAGAGGGGGACGCGCCACGGGGUGGCUCUGGAGGGGUGGCAGGGCUGCAAAGAAGGGGAGCUGCGGGACGCUAGUCCCCCUCGCGCCAGUCACGUCCUUCCUUCCCCCCGGCUCAGCCCCGUCGUAUUCCCGGGGAAAGUUUGUGGGGAGUUGCUGGUGGGGGGUGAAGCGCCUGUCUCUCUCUCUCUCUCUCUUUCCUCUGUCUCCUGGAGGAGAGAGUCGCGGACCGCCGCCGCCGCCGCCGCCACUGCCCCGCCGGCGCGGCGGAGCUGGAGCUGGUGGCGCUGUGGUGCCGCCGGCUCCGGGGGAGGGUCAGAUCGGCCACCGGCGGCUGGCGGCGGUGGCGGCGACGGCCAGGCUGGCGGGUGGCCCCUUGUCGUGAAGACGGCGGGUGGCUUGGAGCUCCUGGCUGCUCCUUGAUCGUUCCCCUUGGGCCCAGCUGCCACCAUUCCUCUUUCCACUACUCCCGUAAGGGAUUGUCAACCGGUGUCGCCCCGGCCAGGGCACCGGCUACCCGGUGUGGCGGGUCCCUCCCCCACCCCGUUUGUUUACGUCCCGGGGCCAACCCGCAAGCCCCGCGCUCUUUUGUGUGUCUUCUGCGUGAAAGUGACUGCGGAGCUGGAUCUGUCCCCCUUUUUUGCGCCCGGGGACUUCCCCGGGAAGGGGUUGUGGGGGAAGCUUUGGAAGGGAAAAACUUGGCUUGCGGGGGGACACCGGUGGGUCGCGCAGAGUGCGGGAUCGGCCCGGGAGAAGGGAAAAGGUGCGGGAGAAAGGCUGCAACUUUCCACCGAGCGCAGGCCGCUGCGUGACCCGGUCUCGGAGCGCUUUUCCUCCGGGGUCACCGAUCGGUGCAGCCAGACUUAGCUGCGUGUCUCAGGGACUUCCAGGGCUCCCCCCUCGGUGACCGAUAGCUUGCAUCACUCCAGCCCCUCACUCUUUUUCGCGAGGGGUGUGUUCUGUCCUCUCUGCAAAGGGGCCCCAGGAGUUAUGGAGCGCGCGUCAGGUCCGCUCCGAGCUGCCUUCUCCAGCCCGGUUCUCGAAAGCAAAGCCCCGGGGGCCCCGCUGGACUGUAAGGAGACUGAUUGUGGUUCCUCGUCGCCUCGAGGGGAUGGUAUCGGGGCUUCCCAAUCCGCGGCGGAGCUGCCUGCGUGCCCAGAGGAUGCUAUUCUGCCUGCCACCCCUCAUCGGAACCAGCUGCUCGCCCUCGGGGUCCUCCCUGCUAGUGCUAGCUCCGCGUUCGCGGCGCCUGGACAGCCCCAGGAUUCUGCCAGGUGGAUGUUGUGCGUAGCCGGAGCCAAGUUGAAGAGAGAACUUGAUGCCACCGCAACAGUAUUGGCAAACAGGCAAGAUGAGAGCGAACAGUCCAGAAAGCGGCUCAUUGAGCAGAGCCGAGAAUUCAAGAAGAACACUCCAGAGGAUUUACGCAAGCAGGUAGCACCACUGCUAAAGAGCUUCCAAGGGGAGAUUGAUGCACUGAGUAAAAGAAGCAAAGAAGCAGAGGCAGCCUUCUUGACUGUGUACAAGAGACUAAUUGAUGUUCCAGAUCCGGUACCAGCCCUGGACGUCGGGCAACAGCUGGAAAUAAAAGUGCAGCGUCUACACGACAUUGAAACAGAGAACCAGAAACUUAGGGAAACACUAGAAGAGUACAACAAGGAGUUUGCUGAAGUGAAAAAUCAAGAGGUUACGAUAAAAGCACUUAAGGAGAAAAUCCGAGAAUACGAGCAGACCCUGAAGAGUCAGGCCGAGACCAUUGCUCUGGAGAAAGAGCAGAAGCUACAAAAUGAUUUUGCAGAGAAGGAGAGAAAGCUGCAAGAGACACAGAUGUCCACCACCUCAAAACUGGAGGAAGCUGAGCACAAACUCCAGACUCUGCAAACAGCCCUGGAAAAAACUCGAACAGAAUUAUUUGACCUGAAAACCAAAUAUGAUGAAGAAACUACUGCAAAGGCCGAUGAGAUCGAGAUGAUCAUGACCGACCUUGAACGAGCCAACCAGAGGGCAGAGGUGGCACAGAGAGAAGCAGAGACUUUAAGGGAACAGCUCUCAUCGGCCAACCACUCUCUCCAACUGGCCUCGCAGAUCCAGAAGGCUCCAGAUGUGUUGCAGGUGGACGGGUCCCCAAGCUCCUCCCCGAGAGCCAGUGCUGUCUCGUCAUUGCUUUGUCCUUCCCAGGAGCAGGCCAUAGAGGUGCUGACCCGAUCCAGCCUAGAAGUAGAGUUGGCUGCCAAAGAGCGGGAGAUCGCCCAGCUGGUGGAAGAUGUGCAGCGACUCCAGGCCAGCCUCACCAAGCUACGUGAGAAUUCCGCCAGCCAGAUCUCACAGCUGGAGCAGCAACUGAAUGCCAAGAAUAGCACACUCAAACAACUGGAAGAAAAACUCAAAGGCCAGGCUGACUAUGAAGAAGUGAAGAAAGAGCUGAACACCCUGAAGUCCAUGGAGUUUGCACCAUCGGAGGGAGCAGGGACACAGGACUCUACCAAGCCCCUGGAGGUUUUACUCCUGGAGAAGAACCGCUCGCUGCAGUCCGAGAAUGCCACGCUGCGCAUCUCCAACAGUGACCUGAGCGGGUCAGCCAGGAGAAAAGGGAGAGACCAGCCUGAGAGUCGGCGCCCGGGACCCUUGCCGGCCUCCCCUCCUCCUCAGUUGCCCCGCAACACGGGGGAACAGGUUUCCAAUACUAACGGUACACACCACUUCUCACCAGCGGGGUUAAGUCAAGACUUUUUCAGCUCAAACCUGGCCAGCCCCAGCCUACCCCUGGCUUCUACAGGAAAGUUUGCACUAAACUCUCUUCUCCAGCGACAGCUAAUGCAGUCCUUCUACUCCAAGGCCAUGCAGGAAGCCGGAAGCACAAGCACCAUUUUUUCAACAGGUCCUUACAGCACAAACUCCAUAUCUUCCCCAAGUCCAUUACAACAAAGCCCAGAUGUAAAUGGCAUGGCCCCAUCUCCCAGCCAAUCAGAAAGUGCUGGGAGCAUCUCAGAGGGCGAGGAAAUUGAUACCGCAGAGAUCGCCCGGCAGGUCAAAGAGCAGCUCAUCAAGCACAACAUUGGCCAGCGCAUCUUCGGACAUUACGUCCUGGGACUGUCGCAAGGCUCUGUGAGCGAGAUCCUGGCCCGGCCCAAGCCCUGGAACAAGCUGACUGUCCGUGGCAAGGAGCCAUUCCACAAGAUGAAGCAGUUCCUGUCUGAUGAGCAGAACAUCCUGGCACUCCGUAGCAUCCAAGGCAGACAGAGAGAGAAUCCAGGCCAGAGCCUGAACAGACUCUUUCAGGAAGUACCGAAACGAAGAAAUGGGUCUGAAGGUAACAUCACUACCCGGAUCCGAGCAUCUGAGACUGGUUCUGAUGAAGCCAUCAAGUCCAUCCUGGAACAAGCCAAGAGGGAACUACAAGUGCAGAAAACCGCUGAGCCAGUCCAGACAUCUUCCACGUCCAGCAGUGGGAACUCUGACGAUGCCAUCCGCUCCAUCCUACAGCAGGCCCGCCGGGAAAUGGAGGCCCAGCAGGCUGCCCUUGACCCUGCCUUAAAGCCAGCACCACUGUCCCAGCCCGACCUCACCAUCCUCACCCCCAAGCACCUGUCUGCCUCACCCAUGUCUACUGUGUCCACUUACCCGCCUCUUGCUAUCUCCCUGAAGAAAACCCCUGCAGCACCUGAGACCAGUACCGCAGCCUUGCCCAGUGCCCCAGCUCUCAAAAAAGAGGCUCAGGAUGUACCCACACUGGACCCACCAGGAUCAGCUGAUGCUGCCCAGGGAGUGCUGAGGCCGAUGAAGAGUGAGCUAGUCCGUGGCAGCACCUGGAAGGAUCCCUGGUGGAGCCCUAUACAGCCUGAAAGAAGAAACCUCACUUCUUCCGAAGAGACCAAGGCCGAUGAAACAACUGCAAGCGGGAAAGAAAGGGCAGGCAGCAGCCAGCCUCGGGCUGAGCGCAGCCAGCUUCAGGGACCCUCAGCAUCCGCAGAGUACUGGAAAGAGUGGCCAAGCGCUGAGUCCCCAUACUCCCAGAGCUCAGAGCUGAGCCUCACUGGAGCCAGCCGCAGUGAGACACCCCAGAAUAGCCCUCUGCCCUCUUCCCCAAUUGUGCCCAUGGCGAAGCCAGCCAAGCCUUCAGUGCCCCCGCUGACUCCUGAGCAGUACGAGGUCUACAUGUAUCAGGAAGUGGACACUAUCGAGCUCACUCGGCAGGUCAAAGAGAAGCUGGCCAAGAACGGCAUUUGCCAGAGGAUCUUUGGGGAGAAGGUACUGGGCCUGUCCCAGGGCAGUGUCAGCGACAUGCUUUCAAGGCCAAAACCAUGGAGCAAACUGACCCAGAAAGGCCGAGAACCCUUCAUCCGGAUGCAGCUCUGGCUGAAUGGAGAGCUGGGCCAAGGUGUUCUGCCAGUGCAAGGGCAACAGCAAGGGCCAGUCCUCCACUCCGUGGCGUCUCUGCAGGACCCCCUCCAGCAGGGCUGUGUGAGCUCAGAAAGCACUCCAAAGACCUCUGCCAGCUGCAGCCCUGCCCCUGAGUCCCCAAUGAGUUCCAGCGAAUCUGUGAAGAGUCUCACCGAGCUGGUCCAGCAGCCCUGUCCCGCCAUUGAGACCAGUAAAGAAGGCAAACCACCAGAGCCCAGCGACCCGCCUGCCUCAGACUCCCAGCCCACAACACCGCUGCCUCUCUCUGGACACUCAGCCCUCAGCAUCCAAGAAUUAGUAGCCAUGUCUCCUGAGCUGGACACGUAUGGCAUAACCAAGAGGGUCAAAGAGGUGCUGACAGACAACAACCUCGGUCAGCGCUUAUUUGGGGAGACCAUUUUGGGGCUCACCCAGGGUUCUGUCUCCGACCUCCUUGCCCGCCCAAAGCCUUGGCAUAAGCUUAGUCUGAAAGGACGGGAACCCUUUGUCCGCAUGCAGCUAUGGCUGAACGACCCCAACAAUGUGGAGAAGCUGAUGGAUAUGAAGCGGAUGGAGAAGAAAGCCUACAUGAAGAGGCGACACAGCUCUGUCAGUGACAGUCAGCCUUGUGAGCCCCCCUCUGUGGGUAUUGACUAUAGCCAAGGCGCCAGCCCCCAGCCACAACACCAGCUGAAGAAACCUCGAGUGGUGCUGGCUCCAGAGGAGAAGGAAGCGCUGAAGCGAGCAUAUCAGCAGAAGCCAUACCCAUCACCAAAAACCAUCGAGGAACUUGCCACACAACUCAACCUGAAGACCAGCACCGUCAUCAACUGGUUCCAUAAUUACAGGUCUCGGAUCCGCAGAGAACUGUUCAUUGAGGAGAUUCAAGCUGGAAGCCAGGGCCAGGCUGGUGCCAGCGACUCACCUUCAGCUCGAAGUAGCCGCGCUGCACCCAGCUCGGAAGGUGACAGCUGUGACGGCGUGGAAGCCACCGACGCCGAGGAGCCAGGUGGCAACAUAGUGGCCACCAAGUCUCAGGGAGGGCUGGCAGAGGUGGCCGCAGCCCCGGCAGACCGGGAAGAAGCGACGCAGCCGGCGGAGAAGGCGAAGGCACAGCCACUAUGCUCGGGGACCCCAGGACAGGACGACGGUGAAGACGCAAGCCGGCCUAGGCCACUUCCCGAGGGCCUCGCCGACGCCCCAGCGCCUGUGCCAAGCCUCGCCGCACCCGCGGCCGGAGAGGACGCCGCUACCUCAGCCACUGCCCCGGCCACGGCCACCGAGGCCCCCGGGGCGGCCAGGGCGGGCCCUGCCGAGAGGAGUUCUGCGUUGCCAAGCACCAGCGCGCCUGCCAACGCGCCUGCGCGAAGGCCUAGCUCACUGCAGAGCCUCUUCGGUCUGCCCGAGGCCGCGGGCGCCCGGGACAACCUGGUGCGGAAGAAGAAGGCUGCGAACUUGAACAGCAUCAUCCACCGCCUGGAGAAGGCUGCCAGCCGGGAGGAGCCCAUCGAAUGGGAGUUCUGAGGGCGCCGGGCCUCCGGGCCUGACCAGCAGGGCCUCGCCGGGCCUUGCCGGGCCUCGCCGGCCUUGCCAGGCCCACCUGCGCCUAGCAGGUCCCCUGGGCCCAGUCAGCACCGGCAGUGUGGGCUGGGGCUGGCGGGUGUGCAGGGCUGUGCCAGCCGAGGCCUGGACGUGUUGCGCACUUAACGCCCUGCGGGCCACAGGGCAAAAUCGCCAUAGGCCAAGGUGCAUAUAGAAAACAAAGGAGCAUUAAGCCCAAUCUAUGUCGUGUUUUCAAGGAAGAAAACGGAAAUGUGUAGUCAAGCUUUUUUGUACCCUGAAGUGUUUUUUUUUUUUUUUAAAUUGCCCUAAGUGAUUUCCACAGGUUCUGGAAUAACUCUUUACAGCUUUUGCCUUGUGCCCUCCUCUUUCGUGUGGGCUUUAAAAAAAAAAAAAUCAAACCCACAUAUUAAAAGGGGGCUUUUUAUCUGCCAUCUAAUGGCUUCAGAGCGAUAAUACACUAUUAUCUUCUUAAACCAGGAAGGGGGGGGAUUUUUUCAGAAAAAUUAAAAAAAGAAAGUUUUUGUAGCUGUUCAGUUGCCACUAAGAGAUUGCACAGUCAAACCGACUCUAAACACACUAGUUUGGAUUCCUAAAUAUUUUCAAGAAAAGAAUCUUCUCGUUUGAAACUUUGAAUUAAAAUAAAACACAUUUACUCCACAUAUUUUUUAACAAAAAAAGAAAAAAAAAGAAAAGUCACAUCAGGAAAAGUAUCUGAUUUUGUGGUAGCUGAUGUAGUGUUUUCUUGUACGUAACUAGAAUCCUGACAUGUAGUGCACAUUGAUCCAUAGCUUUAACUGACUCUGGGCUUUUGCUGGCCAGAGUUUGUUUAAUACACUCCAUUCUAGGCCAAAUCAGGACAAAAAGAAAGAUCCGAAUCUAGGUAUUUUAUAAUCUGCUUUUUAACCUCUAACCGCAGAGCACGCUGAUCAGACCUCAUAUCUCGGAGGUUUAGGAGACAAGUUAGAACUGUAGCAUGUACCGGUUCAUUUUGUUUUAUUUAUGGUGUCUGUCUGUGUUGGCACAUCUGCGCAUGUGCAAGCGUCGAACGGAAGGAAAUGUAGGCCCGCAAGGUCGCAGCAGUUAGUCCCGCACGUGCAGGCCACCGUCUGCUCAUCUUUCCUUGGCACAGAAGGCACCUCACCUCAUGCCACUCUCCAGGGCACCUGACAGACUGAGCCCCCCACCCCCCAGGGGAAGAUGUUCCCUAUGCUCGGGCAGGGCUGGCGCAGCUCUGCGUGCACACUCUCUUCCUUUCUCUUCUCAUCCCCUUCCUUCCCACCACAAGCACUGAUAACCCUAUGUACUCGUGGGAAGCUUCCUUUCCUGCAGAAGAGAGAACGCUGCAGUCUGGGCUCUAUUCCCAUCCCUGUAGAGAUGGCCCAAACUCACCAAAAUGGUGACACUCUUCAAUUCCAGACCAGACCAUUGGCCCUUCAUGAAUUUCUUCUCUCACAAUGUUUUUUUAAUGCACAGUUUAGGGCAAUCUAAGUACAAAUCAAAAGUCUAACUUGUCUCUUGAUUCCUCCCGUUGUCUAUGUGUAUAUGCGUGAGUAUAGAGGUGGAUGAAAGUGUGCGUGCGUGUGCGUGUGCAAUUUUAUACGUCUGUGUAUUUUCUUAAGUAUCUGUGCACACAUAGAGUGCAUUACUGCCACCUUUUUCAAUAAGCUGGUUUAUCAGUCAUGGCUUCUACAGGUUUUGCUAAUUUAGACUCCUUAUUGCCAUAUCUUUAAACUAACAAUAGAUGAUUUCGGUAUAUAUAUAUAUUUUUUUUUGCUUAUUUAUAGGUGCUGUAUUUUAUUAUCUGAUUGUUAGGAAGGGAUGAAAGGGGCAAAUAUUCUUUAGAGGGAUAGACUGCCGGCAGUAUUGGGUAUAAUUUACAAGCUGUAGCUGUCAUACUGUAUAUUACUGAUGGAAAACUUUUUGACCGUAUUGUGUAUCAUUGAAACUUUUGUCUUAGGUCAACAUCUUUGGAUGACAUUUUAAUGGUGCAUUCAUUAUUUCUUAAGUUUAAUUAAUUAAUAGUACUUUUUUUUUAUUUGGGAGGGUGGGAGGGAGUUCUAAUUUUAAAGGCAUCUCCCACUAUUGCCCCUCAGUGUGCGUGUUAUUCCUUAGCUUGUAGGCUUUGACUGUCAGAUGUGAAACCACACUUCUUGCAUGAUGUUUGGAGCUUAUGUAUUUUCAUUCACAGUCUUUCAACCUGCAGCUGCAAGCCCUUAGUUGGAGUUUUCACAAACUGUAAGAGUCACGACACUAAAGACAAUGCCUUUUCAUGAACGAGAAGUUUCCAAGAGGCUCUAGGAGGCUGGGAGGCAGGCCCCUGGCUCUGUCUUUGGAUGGUUGUAUCACUCCUAAGCUUGAGAUCCGGGUUCGGUGAGAAGAGAAUUCACAGUGGAGGGACGGAAGGGAAACACAGAGUCCCACCUGGCUCUGUGCAAGGAAGUACUCAUUCACACCAGGGAGUCGUUAGGGACACGGAGGAGCAGAGUGGGAUUGUGCCACUCCCUCCACAGAAACCUCAAGGGAACCUGUCAUCAUGGGUGAUGAUCUUAAAUACCUAACUUUCACUAGAGUGAGAAGCAGAGUUAACAGGAUCGAGGAGGGUAGUGUGCUAGUUUCAAAGGCAUGUCUGUUCCUUAACCGCAGCCUUAAAUCUGCGGAAAUGGAAGUUGAGGUUUUUUUCCAUCCUGACACCCACACGGUAGCAGUGUAAGACAGCCUUUGACUCUUCCAAGCAAGUUUCUUUAAUUUUUGAACUAGGUUCUUAUUAAUUUCCAUCCUGUCUCUUGUGCCAGACCUCCAUCUGGGUGCUUGAUACAAUCACUUGGUUAGGUUUUUGCUUGAGUUCUGUAUUUGUAUUUUCUUAUUUAUUAUUAUUAUUAUUGUUAUUAUUUUGAGAUCCCAACUUGAUGGUGUUUGGGGUUAAGUUAGCACUGUCUGUAGUAUGUCUAAGAGCUGCCAGUAGAUAACACAGAAACCUGGGGGGUUAUAUCUGCCUCCUCAUCAUGUCCUCCCUCCCUUCCCAGUGUGAGUCCAAGGGUUCAUCUUUCAUCUUGAAAAGCAAUAUUCAAGUGCCUUGAACAGCGCUCCCUCAUGUGGUGACCUUCCGCUGGCUGGAGAUCCAAGCAGUAGCUCCCACAGACAGCCAACCAUCCUCUUUAUACUCUCAGCUUAAAAAGCUGAAUUGUACUUCUCCCCAAGGGGAAAAAAUGGUUCCAUAUAAAACACUAACACUUCAUCACAAGCCACUGUUCCAUUUCAAAUGCCUUUUUCUUAAUUAGAGGCAGUAAUCCUAACUAGGCCAUUACCCAGUUGGCUAAGUGGGAGCCUGGUGUAAAAUCCAUGUUCACAUCAAGCCCUCUUGACACCUCUUGAUUCAUGCCAAGUCCCCUUAUGGCAUCCGAAGUGGCAGGAAUAUGAGUUCUUAGACAUCUGCCCACUCACUUCCACUCUGACCUGGCUCCCAAUCACCACCUCCUUGAAACAAUAGUCAGUUGAGAUGUCUGACCACUGUGUACUAGACCUCUCUCUUUAAAAAUAAAAUUAAAUUUAUAAAUGCAGGCACUUAGCUGAAGUCGAUAUCUUCCUAGCUAGCCACCCUGAAAAAUAUCACACCUUGAAGUGGCUUAUCCCGGGUUCGAAUCAGGGCAGAGUCCUGGGGAUAUAGUAUUAGGUGCUGGGCCACACCACUCUGAAAAAUGAGGCAAGAGGACAGCUGUCAGUCUCCGUGCACAGAUGCUUCUGCUUGCAAAGCUCAGGUGUCCGUCUCCUUAGUAAUCUUCCCUCUGAUGGGCAUCUCUUUCCUCCUUGUUGAAAGUCAGAUCUGGUAGAUGGCUCAGAGUAUAGCAGGGCUGUGAGCUGAGUGUUCCUCUGGACUCUUGUGGCCAACAGAGUCCCCGCCUGUGGCCAUGCCAUAGACCUACAUGGCCAUUCUUCUCUACAGCCAGGGCCAUGUUGAGCUGUGGAGCUUAUAAGCAAGCUCAGCAGGAGGCAGCCCGCAUCUAGUGCAAAGGAGGCAUGCUCUAGGCAUCAGCUAAGCACCCAAGGUUGUGUAGCUGUGAAAGCCCCAGAGCUGGGGAGUCCAAAUGCUGAUGCUGGAGAUGCCCUCCCUGCCUCAGCAAGACUGGCUCUUUGUCCUUUCGGAGCUGUGUUCUCUUACAGCUCGGUGGGCUCUAGGGACCCUUGGGAUAUAUGAUUCCCAUCACAUGCUUCUGCUCUCUGUCAGAUCCCUGAGGCUGGGAGCCAUCCUUGCAGAGGAGAUGGGGUAGAGCAAAGGUCAAGAACACAUUGAGGGAAUGGAAGGCUCUUGGCUUUGUUCCUCCUGUCCUUCAAUGUCUCCCCUUUCUGUUCUCUUCUACCUCACCACUUGAUGUCACCCAGAAUUGUGAGGGAAGUGACCUGGGGGUGGGGGUGGGGGGAGGGGUGGCUUAAGAGGCUACAAGCUAGACCGAUCAUCUCAUCUUGCUUGGCAGGUGUGCUUUUUGCCUCCUUCAAAGAAUACAUCCAGAAGUGGUGUCUGGAGUCUGCUAAGCACAGGAAUUUUCCUCUUGGCUUCCAGCUGUUCUUGAAAUUCCAGCAGCUGUUGGGUCUGUAGACAGGAGUGGUCUCCAGCCUCAGAAAUUCUUGCCUUUUGCUCUGCCUUCCCGCACAGCUGUCAGACUCCAUCACAGCCAUUCCUUUGGUCUUGGCUUAUCCCCAAAUACUAUGAGCACACUUCCCCAGGAACUGUGGCUGUCCGAGUCUCUCGUCCCUAGACCUUGCCAUGAGCUCUGCUUUACAAACACAGCUCUGUCCAGGACAGAAAAGGUUGGACAGAAUUCUUCCCCAUGCAUGCUUGGUCUCUACUUCCCAAAAGAACACUCCAGUUUCUGUUCCCUGUGGGAGGCAAGCAGCUCCCGAGACAGCAGUGGGUCUGGGCCAUACUGCUCCAGAGUGUACCUGUAGCACGUAGGGAACUUUUAUUUUGUUGUUCCCAUCAUGAAUGUCAAAGUCACUAGGCACAGCUGCCACUGCAGAUUUUCUGAAACUGAAUCAGGGGAAGGCUUUAUGGCCACUUUAACCCAGGUGGGCUGAGACUCUCAAGUGGCUAGGUUCCUACCAGUAGACUUGGAUGCUAAGAGAAUGGGCUGAUGAGAAAUUUUCAUUCUGCCCAUGCUUUUUAGAUGGAAAGUGAGGGUAGGAACAAGCUCCUUAGUAAAAGAUACAACCCCAAGACCUCAGGCUCAGCCAGUGGAAGAAGACAGUUGAACAGCAAGGGAAAAGCCAGGAUCCCCCUGUGUACCGCUUAAGGACCUGCUGCUUCACCGAACCCCCGCCCCACCCCCGUGCCCACCCCUACUCCUCUCCUGCUACCUUCCCUCCAAAGAUUCCAUGGCCACGUCUUCAGUGGCAUAUCGAGUUUUCAUUUUUGGACAAAGUGACAUUUAGCUUUAACAAGACAUUUCCAAAGCUCCUGGUCUCCUUUGAAAUGCUGACUUUAAAAGUUCAGCAUUGUUGCCAAGAAUGGGGGUGGGGGGGGCUAAUGAAAGAAAGACGUUAGAUUAUGCAUGAAUGUGCACGCCCCAACCCUCGGUUAUUCAAAUUUCAAAUGCCUUUGAGUUGCUCUUCAUAGAUGGGUUUAUUUUGCUCAUGUUAAGUAGUCUGUUACUGUAAUUUUUGUAGUAUUCUGGCUUUAAUUUCUACCACAAAUAUGCUAUGUACUAAGCUUUCUGUGAUCAGAAAGGAAAGGUGCCUUAAAUCCCAAUACCACGCCUCUAUCCCUAUGGAGAAUAUGUCAGAAGCACAGCGCCAGGAAGCAUUGGGACUUCCGUUGGCAAAAUAGGACACCAUUCAGCAAGACACAUCCGAGUGGCACGGCACGGGGCUGCUUUUGUUUGCUAAUUCCUUUUUUGUUUUUUAACUCCCAACCCAUAAUUAUCUUUUAUUUGUUGUUUGUUUUAUUUUUUUUUUUUUUUGUAGUUCGCUUUAAACAGGAAGCACUUAAUAGAUGGCUCUGUGUCGAAGCUCUGUGCAAUGGAAAUCACGUUGCUUUGGUGGGGGGGGGGUGUUUUGUUUUUCUUUUCUUUUUGAAAAAAGAUAGCGUUAUUGCACACCAAAUGAACUCCUAAGUAAGCUUUAGAACCAGGAUCGAUUCAGGUCGUGGAUGGGUAUGUUCACUGUAGUUCUGUGUGUUCACGAACCAACGGGCAAGCUGGCCUCCCUUGGCCAUUGAGGCUCAGCCCUGAGCCCUGGGUCAUGGCUGCCUGGGUUUCAGCCGCAGGGAACUUUCCUGGAUGUCUGGCCCCACAGUCGACCCUUGAAGCACUUAACCCUCUCUUUGUGGAGAUAGACCAACUGCUACUGAUCUGUCAGCGUACUCGAGGGUGAUUAUAAAAGGAUGUUUCUUUAAGAAAGAAAAAAAAAUAUUUCUAUCUAUCCUCUUCUAAUUUAUUAUUAGGUUAAUCAUUUAAGUACUUAUCAGGAGUGUGUUGUCAUUUUGUGUUGUUGUCGCGAAUGCUUUUGCUGUCACUCCAGUGGUUAACUGUCCCUUGCUCCCCACCUCUCUUCUCUCCAUCCCUGAGUCCAAAGAGGUCUGGGGACCAGCAGUGGGAGACAUGAGGGACAGAAGGGAGUCCUCCAGCACAAUCAGACACCUGUCUCCCUAGUAGCCACUCAAACCUGGCGGUCUCUACAUAUCUUAACUGUUCAAUCCAGAGAGUUGACGAACAAAGCUACCCAUGUCAGGCAGUACUGAGGGGAGGCUUGCUCCCAGAGGCGCUGCGAUGCAGUGAGGAAAACAGAAAAGCCAAGUUCAAGUUUCCCCAAAGCCUCCUAGAGCCUCUGUUAAAACUUCUGGGUUCAUGAAUGUUUGGCGAGCCUGGAUCAGGAGAGAGGCAGGCAGUCUGGCCAAGGCCGUCACCCUGAGCCGGAAGGUGGUUUCUCAAUGGUCCCCACAGGUGACCACGACUUUGAUUUUCAUUGUCAGUUGUCUUUCUUUGCAUUCAAAGUUGGUCAAAAGCAUCUUUUGAGGCAACAGGUCUUUGCUAUCACUGGAGGUGGCUAGAGGCCCCACACCUAGGCAUGGGUUGAAGAACCCUUUACCCUCCCAUGCCGGGAAAGGUGGAGAAAGGACUUUCCAUGGCUGGAAAUGCAACCAGCAAGAAGCCCCCAUAGCUUGCUCAGCAGAGGGUGGGGGUAUGUAGGACUGAACUCUACCUGGGGGCAGCAAACUUAAAAAAGAGGCUCAUCCCAGGGACAGGCAAAGGGCCUGCUCACCCAGUAGGCAGGGCCGGAUACCUGCCUUUACCCCCAAACAGUCCACUGAGCCCAAAUCCAAAUUUCUUUCUGUAGCGUAUCUUUCCCAUUCUUUGAAAUCUGGGAGGGGGAGGGUCCUACUCAUCUCUUUGGGGGUAAAAGUCCUCCAAUAAAAUUUCCCCAUUUCCCCAAGGGUUUUUAUUUGUCUUAGUCUAUGCAUUUCUCUUUCUACGUCUCUAGUUCUCUCCUCCCACCCCACCCCAAACACACACAAAAUAGACAUCUCAUGUCCCACCCUCUGAGACCACCCUGCCUCAGAAGAAUGCCGGACAUUUGGGAGACAUGAGAAUGCAUUUUUUUAAAAAGCCUUCAAGCAUUUUGAGAGUAGCUUGUCAUAAGCUGACAGUGGGGAGGAAUCAGCUCCGUGACUUUCCUGAGUCCCUUCCCAUAGGACAAGAGACCUAGCUCUUUGCGUUUGUGCAAUAACUACUUGCUAGGAGAGCGGGUAGCACCACCCUCCUCUAGACUACUAACACACAGCACAAGACACAUGUCAGCCCUUCCUAAGCCCUUCCCCCCAUCAUGUGUUACAUUUUAGCAGUAUUUACUUUUUUUUUCUGUCAGGCACUAAGUCUUAGGUGUUUAUAGAGCUUGUGUGUUAAUACAAUCACAGAUCUUUUUAUUUUAUUUUAAUCCUCACCAAGACCCAAUUGACCAAAAAGAAGCAAGAGGAAGAAAAAAAAAUUGUAAAAGAUGUCUCUCUCCUUUUUUUUUUUUUUUUUGUUUUUGUUUUUGUUUUGUUUUGUACAAGUAGUUUUGAGAAGCCUUGUGUUGCUGUGACCAUCUCCUAUCACAGUCUUGAUUUUCUUGUGAUUUGUUUUCGGCAUUUAAAAGUUGGUCCCAGCUGGCGUGGGGGUGGGGGAGGCACCCGUCGGCCCCUCAGCGCCGUCCCUUGUCUUUGGUUAGCCAUACGAAAUGUUUGUUCUCUGCACUGUCCAACGGUCCCUAUUAUGAUACGGAGAAGCAAUAUCACCGAAGCUCACACCAUGUAUUAUUAUUCACUAGCACCCUAGGUGUGAUAAUUGAAGUAAAUAUCUUUUAUACAAACACAA